CAGCUGGUCGACCUUCCCGGUGAAUGGCAAACUCACUGUUUUUUAACUAUCCGAUUAAUUUUUUGUUAAAACUAGUUAAAUAACCCGCUAAAAUGGCUCAAAAGGUGAUCAAAUACUUCGGUCGCACCACAGACUUCCGUGGCAAUACGCUGUGGGAGCUGGUUUCGGAGCUUCCCAACUGGGGAGUGGGUCGCCUGCUCAUACGUAACAUGUUCCAGCGAUAUCCGGAGCCCUGCUACAUGCGGAUUUUGAAGGUGCAGGCCGUUGACGAACAGCCGGGUGAAAUCCGCAAGGUGCGGGUCACGGUGGAGAAAACCUGGCGAGGAGUUACCCAACCGAAGCCUGUUGAGAUCUACAGCACCAGCUACAAGGCGGACUACGAACUGGUGCCCCAGGAUCAGGAAGCCAAAUACCUAAACAACAACAAAAAGGUCGAACCAGUGGUGCUACCCACCAAAAUUGAUCUGCCACCUCUGCUCCGGGAAUUUGUGACGGAGGAAACGGGCAACCCGAAUCCCCAAAUGAAGGUGCACUACAAACUAACCCACAACAAACUGGCCAGAUUAGCCAAGGAUGGUGAGAAACCCUCUGUUAGCUUUGGAGUGGGUCUGGGUCAACCCAAACCCGUAAGCACUAAGCUCUACGAAGGAUUGUUAUAAGCCUGCGACAUUGUUAAAAUAUUAAAUACAUAUAUUAUACAUUUAAACUUAA